AUGUUAAAGCCCGUCAGCUUGAGCUGUGGCCAAUCUGGAUGCCUGGUUUGCCUUAGACAACUCACCAAAUCCACAGCAAAUCCGAAGUGCCCUAUGUGUCGGAGGGAAUUUCAGGCUUCGACUAUUUCUGUCAAUAUCGCCCUCGACCUCAUCACAAGCGAACUUGCUGUGGAGUGCCAAAGUCAAGGAUGUGACUGGAAGGGGAAAUAUGCAAGGGCACGAGCGCACCAAAAACAUUGCCCCAACCUGCUUGUGAAAUGUUCAAACGUGGGAUGCUCAUUCCGUGAGGCUAGAGGAAAAAUGCCACAGAACGAAAAAUCUUUCAGCAAGAGGUGGUGA